UCCUGAUCUGGAUUAAACCCGCGCAGAUGAGCUUUUAAACGCUCGGUUCGGUUCUGUAUUCGGAGACUUGUUGCUUAUUAAACCGUUGUGGAUUUUGGACUGAGUGAACCAUGGAUCAGGUUGCACAACUCGGACUGGAUUCGAAUCUCUGACGUCACGUGUUUUUUGUGGGGUUUUUUUUUUUUCUUUUCUACGUGUAGAAAACGUUUGAAAGUUUCGGGAUUAAAGUGUUUCUACUCCAGAAUAAGAAUGAGCAGAUAGGAGGCUCGGAAAGAGAAUACCUUUGUCCCAGAUCCCACACGGAGGAAGUUCAGAGUAAAGUGGAUUCUGAUCCGGUUUCGGAGAUGACUCCUCGGCACCAGAUCUGGACUCGGAUCUUCACUGUGGGAUGUUUAUUGUCUCUGAUUGUGUGCAGUCCGAUGGAAACGGUUCCAGAAGAGGACGGGUUCAAUGCUGAGGCAUGGCUUCGUAGGUUUGGCUACCUGUCUCAGGCCAGCAGACAGAUGUCCACCAUGCAGUCAGCUCAGAUUUUGUCCAAAGCCAUCAGUGACAUGCAGCGCUUCUACGGCCUGGAGGUGACGGGUCAGAUGGACGCUGCAACUGUCGCGGCCAUGCGUCGACCUCGCUGUGGUCUCCCAGACAAAAUAGCUGAAGAGGGGGACAGCGGAGUGAGGAAGAAACGCUACACACUCACGGGUCAGCAGUGGGACAAGGACCACAUCACCUACAGCAUAAUAAACCAGCACAUCCCCACCACCCUGGGAGAAGAGCGGACCUAUGAUGCGCUCCGCAAGGCCUUUGAUGUCUGGAGACAGGCCACGCCCCUCACUUUUGAAGAGAAACCUGCUGAGAACACAAACAGUAGCCAUACUGAGCCAGUUGACAUUCUCUUGUUAUUUGCCUCUGGUUUCCAUGGUGAUAUGUCCUUAUUUGAUGGCGAAGGGGGUUCGUUGGCACACGCCUUUUAUCCCGGACCAGGAAUUGGUGGGGAUACACACUUUGACUCAGAUGAACCAUGGACACUGGACAACCAAAAUCCAGCAGGUAUCGACCUCUUCCUGGUUGCAGUCCAUGAGCUUGGUCAUGCUUUGGGAUUGGAGCACUCGGAUAAUCCAAAUGCAAUAAUGGCUCCUUUCUAUCAGUGGAUUCACACUCACAACUUCACCCUGCAUAAGGAUGACGUAAGAGGAAUACAGUAUAUAUAUGGUCCUCCUCUCCUUACUCAUGCUCCUCCCACAUCUGCUCCCUCACAUGAUGAAGAACCCACCAGUGAAUCUCCCAGAUCUUCUUCUCCUAAAUAUGAACCCACACCCUCUUCCUCUACGGACCCACCACCGACUUUCCCGCACCCAACCCCUGGCAAGACGGAUCCUCCACCUCAGCCAGACCCGAGUCCAAGCCCCUCUGUUCCCUCCCCGACAGUCCUUCCGAGUACAACCCCCGUUGACAUGGAGCCUGAGCCUGAACCUGUCACGCCAUUUGUGAAAAAAGAUGUUCCGCCUCCUCCACGGCCCCCCAAACAGCCAGACAACCACCCCCCGAACAUCUGUGAUGGGGACUUUGACAGUGUGACCGUGCUGAGAGGGGAGAUGUUUGUUUUCAAGGGUCGCUGGUUUUGGCGUGUGCGGAGGAAUCGGGUUCUGGAUAACUAUCCCAUGCCGAUAUCUGUCUUCUGGAUCGGUCUGCCCAGUGACAUUGAUGCAGCCUACGAACGCCAUGAUGGAAAAUUUGUCUUCUUUAAAGAUGACAGAUUCUGGGUGUUCAGAGAGGCUGACGUGUUGCCGGGAUACCCGCAGCCUUUACACGAGUACGGACAGGGGGUUCCGGCACACAGAAUCGACACAGCGAUCUGGUGGGAGCCCAAUGGAUACACAUACUUCUUCACAGGAGACAGAUACUGGCGAUACAACGAAGAGACCAGGACUACAGACCCAGACUUCCCCAAACAAAUCAGCAGAUGGGGCAACAUCCCUCCCUCACCCAAAGGAGCCUUCCUCAGUGAUGACAGCGAUUAUACAUAUUUCUACAAAGGCACCAAUUAUUGGAGGUUUGACAACCGCCGGAUAGCGGCGGACAAAGGCUACCCUCGCUCCAUCCUCAAGGACUUCAUGGGCUGUGUGGGGGUCCCUGAGCCGGAUCAGGACAGAGAGGAACCAACAGACAAACCCGUGCACCCUGAAGACAGAGACGGAGACACGCAAGGAGAGCCAGACAUGGACGGAGACGCUGAGGACAAGCAAACCUCGAAGCCAGACAGCACAGGAGACGAGGAGGACAAAGACAAAGAGGUGAACGUAGUUGUGACGGUGGCUGAAAAUGAAUCAAAAGUCAUGACCCUGAUCGUGGUGACAGUCCCGCUGGUGCUGAUCCUGUGCAUCCUCGUUCUGAUUUACGCCAUCCUUCGGACACUGCAGAAUAAAGAGACGCCGAGGGUCUUGGUGCACUGCAAGCGCUCGUUGCAGGACUGGGUCUGAGAUCAGAUACAAAAGCAGUAUUCAUUUUGUAGUUGCAGAUGGCAAAGUUUCAGUUGCGGCCUGGUGGGAAACACAUAUAGAAAAUUGACGAGUUUGUUGCUCAUUUGGACCUUGUUGAUUGUGACGUAAUGCUGUGUACCCGUGCAGGUACGUUUGGGAUGCCUCGCUCUCUGUGUGCCUUCAAGAUGUCUGAAAAAGUCACUCACUUUCAUUUCGGCCUUAUAACAGUGAUCGUAGUAGGACGACUGUUUCCAUUUGUUCUAACUGUAUGUUGUCCUCACAGUGGAGGUUAAUCUUUAGUAUAAACACACAGUCAGUACUGCACAUACACAAGCACAUGUCUGCAUGAUUACCAGCACGUCUUCUAUAUGUCUGAGAUGCCUUUUCCAUUCCUGAAAUAUUUGUGUGUAGCAGAUAAUUUGCACUUUUGAUGUAAAAUUUCUAACUUUGUUGUUGAUUGUUGUUUUGUUGGGCUUAUCCCCCCCCUUCACGCAGCCCUUUUGUGUGAACGUAGUGCAGCAGGUAACUGAAAUAAUCUUUCAGAUGGUGGCACCAAACAUCAAAUUUGGCAUUGAAUAAAUAAAUAAAUACUCCUAAUAGAUACAUCCAUUUCAAAA